ACCAAGGCCAUGGAUCAGAUGUUCUUCCAGGUUUCUUCCAACUCCGACCCUCAGAACACAACCCCACAGGAUAAGAAUUUGGAUUAUGUUCUACCCGUGGAUGGGACUAGUAAUCUGCACAGCAAUAUGAGAAGUAGAGGCCAGCAACGAAAAUUAUUGGCGAGUGACAAGAGCGAAAAUAGUAAUGAUGAUAAUAAGAAAAAGUUGAUGCAUAGGGAUAUUGAAAGGCAAAGGAGGCAAGAAAUGGCCACCCUUUACGCCUCUCUUCGAACUCUACUCCCUCUUGAGUAUAUCAAGAAACUGCGCUCUGGGUUUGCCAUAAUUAUGAGUUUAGGGUUACUUUUCAUGGGGUUUCAGGGAAAGCGUGCAAUAUCAGAUCACAUGAACGGGGCAGUGUGCUAUAUAAAAGACCUGCAGAAGAGGAUCGAUGAACUGAGUGCCAAGAGAAAUGAGUUAAAGAAGCUAUCCAAUUCGAGUUGUUUUGACCAAGGGAUGAGCUCGAACGACUCUUUCCCAAGCAGUGCUGUAGUUCGCCAAUCUUUGAAUGGUGUUGAAGUUGUGAUCAGCACUGGCCUUGGAGCUCAAGCUUUGACCCUAUCAAGAGUGUUAGAACUACUGCUUGAGGAAGGACUUGAUGUUGUUAGCUGUAUUUCUACCAGAAUUGAUGGAGGACUGAUUCAUACCAUCCAAUCUGAGGUCAGUGAUCUGACAUACGUUACUGUACCUGGGCUGCAACAGAAACUAAAUGAAGAAAUUUCAUCCUUGAGUCAAAUUUCCUAGCUACUAAACCAUAUUUUGGUGUUGCAGAUUCUUCCCAUCACAGCUCCCACCUUUUGAUUAUGUUUUGAGUAAGGUUGGUCUUUUGCUAUUUAGUAUGACCCAUACGAUACAUCUAAUUUUCUACCAAUAUUUGCGAGGUCUUUUGCUUUCAGAAAAACUAGGUAGAAAUUUGAGUAUCAAAAUAGUAGAUCGUCUCUGAAUAUCUCCAGAAAUGAAAAUGGUCUAGUUCUCUAUUUGUAUUGCACAUUUAUUUUUCCUGUUAUCACAUGUACCAUAGGAGUGGAGUUUAUGUGGUGUACUUGUUAUCAUAUUCUCCCUUUUUCAGAUAAAUGAAGUGAUAAACUAGGUA